UGGGAUAACUGACAGACAGAUCCCAAACCUGAAGCUUCUCACAGCAGCUGGAUCUGUCUAUCUUUCUCUCUCUCUCUCUCUCGUUCUCUCUCUCUCUCUCUCUCUCUCUCGCUCUCUCUCUGCCUGUCAGCUUACCUCUGGUGGCGUGUAUCAGACCCGCCCCCUCCUCUCACUCUCCCUCUCUCUCUCUCGCUCUCUCUCUGCCUGUCAGCUUACCUCUGGUGGCGUGUAUCAGACCCGCCCCCUCCUCUCGCUCUCCCUCUCUCUCUCUCGCUCUCUCUCCCUAUCUAUCUCUCCCUCUUUCUAUCCACACACAAACACACAGUCCAAACAUCAGAUGCAGAGUUCCGGGGAGUGGGGCUCUGAAUGUAGAUCAGGACCAGUUCAUAUGUGUUGGUGGUCGUAGCUGGAGGCAUAGAGGACUAGUGGCUACACCUCUCUCUUUCUCUCUUCAUUCCGUCCUCCUCUGCUUUCCCGCAGAGUUGUGGGAGCAGACGGCUCGGCUUCAACGUUUUCCUGCUCUCAGCGGAAAGUCACCCGCUGGGAAUCAAUUCAUUUUAACCCUUCGCUGGCGCUACUUCUCUUUGGGACUCUGGGAGUCUUCGGGGGAAUUUUAAAGGAGGUUUGGGUUGAUUUUGUCUGGAAUCACUGUAGUAGGAGGUAGCAGGCAGCCAUGGCGCAUGCCGCUGCCCACAUUAAGAAGUCCAGAGUGGAGCUGGUGGAGCAGCAGGGUCCUGACCUGAAGGCUCUGGAGAAAGCCCGUCAGAGGAGGAUACGUUCCCGGGAACGGGCCGAGCGCAAACGCAAGUCGGACAGCAACACCAGCUUCCUGCGAGCGGCAAGGGCGGGGAACAUCGACAAGGUUCUGGAGUACCUGAAGGGUGGAGUGAACAUCAGUACCUGCAAUCAGAAUGGACUCAACGCGUUGCACCUGGCAGCUAAGGAGGGCCAUGUGGAGCUGGUCCAGGAGCUGCUGGAGAGAGGCUCGGCUGUGGACUCGUCCACCAAGAAAGGGAACACAGCCCUCCACAUUGCCUCUCUGGCCGGACAGGCAGACGUAGUGAAGAUGCUGGUGAAGCAGGGAGCAGAAAUUAACUCUCAGUCUCAGAAUGGCUUCACUCCUCUGUACAUGGCUGCUCAGGAGAACCAUAUAGAUGUGGUACGUUACCUUCUGGAGAACGGAGGUAACCAGGGCACCGCCACAGAGGAUGGCUUCACCCCCCUGGCCAUCGCUCUCCAGCAGGGCCACAACCAGGUGGUGUCCGUCCUGCUGGAGAACGACACCAAGGGCAAGGUGCGGCUGCCCGCCCUGCACAUCGCCGCCCGCAAGGACGACACCAAGUCAGCAGCGCUGCUCCUCCAGAACGACCACAACGCCGACGUCCAGUCCAAGAUGAUGGUCAAUAGGACUACGGAGAGUGGAUUCACGCCACUGCAUAUCGCUGCCCACUAUGGAAACGUGAACGUGUCCACAUUACUGCUGAACCGUGGGGCGGCUGUGGACUUCACAGCCAGGAAUGGGAUCACUCCCCUCCACGUGGCCUCCAAGCGUGGUAACACUAACAUGGUGCGCCUCCUACUGGACAGGGGGUCUCAGAUCGACGCUAAGACUAGGGACGGCCUCACACCUCUACACUGUGCAGCCAGGAGUGGACAUGACCCAGCAGUGGAGCUAUUGCUGGAGAGAGGAGCACCUAUGCUGGCUAGGACCAAGAACGGUCUGUCUCCUCUCCACAUGUCGUCUCAGGGUGACCACGUAGAGUGUGUCAAGCACCUGCUGCAGCACAAGGCGCCUGUUGAUGAUGUCACACUGGACUACCUGACGGCGCUGCACGUCGCCGCCCACUGCGGUCACUACAGAGUCACCAAGCUGCUGCUGGACAAGAGGGCCAACCCCAACGCUCGAGCGCUGAAUGGUUUCACCCCGCUGCACAUCGCCUGUAAGAAGAACCGAGUGAAGGUGAUGGAGCUGCUGGUCAAGUAUGGAGCAUCUAUCCAGGCCAUGACAGAGUCUGGCCUGACUCCCGUUCACGUAGCAGCCUUCAUGGGUCACCUCAACAUCGUCCUGCUGCUGCUACAGAACGGAGCCUCGCCUGACAUUAGCAACAUUCGUGGGGAGACUGCUCUACACAUGGCAUCCAGGGCAGGACAAGUGGAGGUGGUGCGCUGUCUGCUGAGGAACGGAGCCAUGGUGGACGCUAGAGCCAGAGAGGACCAGACACCCCUCCACAUCGCGUCUCGUCUGGGGAAGACUGAGAUAGUCCAGUUGCUACUGCAGCAUAUGGCCCACCCUGACGCCUCCACUACUAACGGAUACACACCUCUCCACAUCUCAGCGAGGGAGGGACAGCUGGACGUGGCUUCAGUACUGCUGGAGGCAGGCGCCUCACACUCGCUGGCUACUAAGAAAGGAUUCACUCCCCUUCAUGUGGCAUCCAAGUACGGAAGCCUGGAUGUGGUCAAACUUCUCCUGAAAAAAACAGCUCCCCCUGAUUCUGCUGGGAAGAACGGCCUCACACCUCUCCAUGUCGCAGCACAUUAUGAUCACCAGAAGGUGGCGCUCCUGCUUUUGGACAAAGGGGCCUCCCCCCACACCACGGCCAAGAAUGGCUACACCCCACUCCACAUUGCGGCGAAGAAGAACCAGAUGGACAUAGCGGUGGUACUGCUGCAGUACGGGGCGGACACCAACAUCCUAACCAAGCAGGGGGUCACCCCUCUACACCUGGCCUCACAGGAGGGGCACGCUGACAUGGCCGCCCUGCUCAUCGAGAAGGGGACUGAAGUCAACGUCCCCACCAAGAGUGGCCUCACCUCCCUCCAUCUUGCUGCCCAGGAGGACAAGGUGGUUGUCAGUGAGAUACUGGCUACAAAUGGAGCCAACCUGGACCAGCAAACUAAGUUGGGCUACACUCCACUGAUUGUAGCGUGUCACUAUGGAAACGCCAAGAUGGUCAACUUCCUCUUACAGAACGGAGCUAGCGUCAACGCCAAGACCAAGAAUGGGUACACUCCCCUCCACCAAGCAGCACAGCAAGGAAACACACACAUCAUCAAUCUACUGCUGCAGAAUGGAGCUAAGCCCAACAACAUCACCGUGAAUGGUAACACAGCUCUGGCCAUCGCCCGGCGACUGGGCUACAUCUCUGUGGUGGACACACUCAAGGUGGUCACCGAGGAGAUCAUUACCUCGACAACCACGGUAACAGAGAAACACAAGAUGAACGUUCCUGAGACCAUGACUGAAGUCCUGGAUGUCUCUGAUGAGGAGGGUGAUGACACUAUGACAGGGGACGGAGGGGAGUAUCUGAGGGCAGAGGACCUGAGGGAGCUGGGGGAUGACUCCCUGCCUGGACAGUACCUGGAUGGGAUGAACUACCUGCGCUUUAGCCUGGAGGGGGGCCGCUCUGACAGUCGAAUCCAAAGUUUGGACAGGUCCUACACUCCCAGUCACCACGGUUACUACUCUCCCAAACAGGACAGCCUGAUGGACGAGAUGUUAACCGGCCAAAACGUGUCGUCUCUUGCCAGGGAAAAUGAGAAGGACUCGUACCGUCUGAGCUGGGGCACAGAAAACCUGGACAAUGUGGCACUGUCUUCCAGCCCCAUCCACUCUGGACGUUCCUCUCCGUGCCAUGAUCAUGGCGACAGCAGCUUCCUGGUUAGCUUCAUGGUUGACGCCAGGGGCGGAGCCAUGCGGGGUUGCCGCCACAACGGCCUGCGCAUCAUCAUCCCACCGCGGAAGUGCAGCGCUCCCACGCGGGUGACCUGCCGGCUGGUAAAGAGGCACCGCCUGGCCACCAUGCCUCCCAUGGUGGAGGGAGAGGGCCUGGCCAGCAGGCUGAUCGAGGUGGGGCCUGUCGGAGCCCAGUUCCUCGGUAAACUACACCUUCCCACUGCCCCGCCCCCUCUUAACGAGGGCGAAAGCCUCGUUAGCCGCAUCCUGCAGCUCGGGCCACCCGGGACAAAAUUCCUCGGGCCUGUGCUGGUGGAGAUCCCUCACUUCGCUGCCCUGAGGGGGAAGGAGAGGGAGCUGGUGAUCUUACGCAGUGAGACAGGAGAGAGCUGGAAGGAGCACCACUGUGAACACACCGGGGAGGAACUUAACCAGAUCCUCAACGGCAUGGACGAGGAACUGGACCCUCCAGAAGAGCUGGAGAAGAAGCGUAUCUGCCGCAUCAUCACCAGGGACUUCCCCCAGUACUUUGCUGUGGUGUCCCGGGUCAAGCAGGACAGUAGCCUGAUCGGUCCAGAGGGGGGCAUCCUGAGCAGCACGGUGAUGCCUCAGGUCCAAGCUGUCUUCCCAGAGGGAGCCCUCACCAAGAGGAUCAGAGUGGGACUGCAGGCUCAGCCAAUGAAUGUGGACAUGGUGAGGAAGCUCCUGGGAAACAAGGCGACGUUCAGCCCCAUUGUGACCCUGGAGCCCCGGAGAAGGAAAUUCCAUAAACCCAUAACCAUGACCAUCCCUAUCCCCAAGAGUAACACUGACCCUGUGGUCAAUGGCUUCGGCGGGGACCAGCCCACCCUGCGCCUGCUUUGUAGUAUCACAGGUGGAACGACACCAGCCCAAUGGGAGGACAUUACAGGAACCACGCCCCUAACGUUCAUCAAUGACUGUGUCUCCUUCACGACCAACGUGUCGGCCAGGUUCUGGCUGAUAGACUGUCGGCAGGUGCAGGAGUCGGUCAGUUUCUCCACUUCAGUCUACAGGGAGACCAUCUGCGUUCCCUACAUGGCCAAGUUCGUUAUCUUCGCAAAGACCCACGACCCCAUAGAGGCGCGGCUCCGCUGCUUCUGCAUGACGGACGACAAGAUGGACAAAACCUUGGAACAGCAGGAGAACUUCACUGAGGUGGCCAGAAGCAGAGACGUAGAGGUCCUAGAGGGUAAACCCAUUUAUGCAGACUGCUUCGGCAACCUGGUCCCUCUCACCAAGAGUGGCCAGCACCACCUCUUCAGCUUCUUUGCUUUCAAAGAGAACAGGCUGGCACUCUUUAUCAAGAUCCGAGACAACACUCAGGAUCCGUGUGGCCGUCUGUCCUUUAUGAAAGAGCCCAGGUCUUAUAGAAGUCUGGCCCACAACGCUAUAUGCAACCUGAACAUCACACUACCAUACUACUCAAAGGAAUCUGAUUCCGACCAAGAGGCUGAGGAAGAGAUCAGCAGGACGCUCGAGAAAUAUGACGAAGACACUACGUCGACGACAGUCCAGAAAAGAGAUCCGGACCUUCUCUCCGAUGUGUCUGAGCUGAAACAAGACCUGAUCAAAAUGUCAGCCAUCCUAACCACGGAUUCCACUGACAAAUCCAGUUCUCUGGAAGUGAGCGGUCUGGAGAAAGGGGCUGAGGAGGUUCAGGGCGAGCCGUUUGAAAUCAUGGAGAAGGUCAAAGAGGAUUUGGAGAAAGUGGGCAAGAUACUCAGGAGUGGAACAUUGGAGGGUGAGGUAGCAGAGGGGGCAGCAAUAGCAGCCAGAAUGAAUGAAGAGUGGAUCCUCCUCUCAGACUGUGAUAUAGAGGAGGCCAAAAAGAUGUCUGCUUUAGAACCCCAGGAACCUAUUCUACAUGAAGUCAGAGUCAACAGAGGGAUUCCCAGACCUAAAGCCAUCAAAGACGUGUCUGGCAUGAUCACACACCUGACUGGUGAACUCAAAGAAUAUCUCCUGGAUGUACCUGAGGGCUCCAGUGCAGCAGCUCAGGAGGAUGUGGUCCAAGAGAAAUUCACAGAGGUCGUCCUGCGCAAAGGCAUGAAAAGAACCACAACGACAAUAAUAACAACAGCUACAAUCAAAACUCCUGCUGUUGAACUCAAAAAGCCAGCCAGGAGGAAAGGAAAAGACCAGGAACAGGCGGAGGAAUAUACCUAUGGGGAUGCUCGCCUAAGUGCACCCACAGACCCUAAACCAGUGUCACCUGUGUCCCCAGUAGUUGAGGAGACCCCCAUUGGGUCCAUAAAAGACAAAGUCAAAGCCCUUCAGCAGAAAGUGGAGGCAGAGCAGAAGGGUCAAAAGCCAACUAGCACCAAACCCUCAAAGGUUGCUGUGGAGAGCAAAAUCCCUCAAAGGACCGAAGAAACAACCCUUAAAUUGAAACAGAGCCCCUCAAAACAGGACACCGCUAAACAGGGCCCCCCUGAGUCCCCCAAAACUGAGUCUGAGAAGCUGCAGGAGACUAUGUCAGUAAGGGAGCUCAUGCGAUCCUUCCAAAAGGGGCAGGACCCCUCAAAGAGAAAGUCUGGACUUUUCGAGCUCAAAACCCACACCUCUACAGAGCAUGAAACAACAGAAUCAGAAUUACAGCCCAAACAGUCAAAAUCCACUAUCAAAGCCACCACAAUUCGUUACGAACGGGAAGUAUCACUGGACGUCAUUCCUGGCGAGCACCACAGAGAGAAAGAUGAGCAAAUUAGCCCACACAGAAAGCACUCCAAAGACUUUGGUGCUGAAAUUAAAGCAGAGCUUGAGGACAAUCGAGAGUACCAACAGUUUAAGCAGACCUCUGUAGAGGGUAGUCCUGCUGCCCAGCCAGACCUAACUGAAACCGUAGAGUUUCUGAAAAUUUCCCUCUAUGAUAGCUCUGAUAGUUUGAAACAUGAGGGCGUGGCAGACUCUCCCAGUGCAAGCCUGGGUGAUGGUAGUCCUCCUCACCUUAGCUCAGAGGAUAGCCUCAAACACGAGGGCUUAGCCACCCCUGGAACAAGCCCUGACAGUCUCUCCCUCUCUCCCAAAAACGCUGACCAGUCCACUAAAAACUCAACAGCUGCUACUAUAGCUGUCACAGGUGACAAUAAAACCAAGGACAAGUCUGGAGACUCCGGUGUGGGGACCAUUGAUGACCAGCCAUUAACGGAAAUGACCCUCCCUGUCUCUCCCAGUGAGGCUGCAGACGACCGCACCACGAGUGAGUCCAUAUCUUUUCAGACGGGCGAGUCUAAGCCAUCUAAACCAAGAAAGCUUACAAAGAGAGUUUCAGAGACUUUAGAGAGCUUCAUUAGUGAUGAGGAGAGCGCUGAUGACAAGCUAGCAUCAGCUUUAGCUACGACCCUUGCUUCUAGUGCCUCUACUCAGCAUCAAGGAAGCUUAGAAUUGCCUUUAAAAGACCCAGAUACCCUCAGUCCCUUAGCCGACGAAUCUUUAACCAUAAGCCACAGAGACUCUCUAGACGAGGAUAGUCCCCUCAUGGAAGACGACUCCUCCCAUAGGACCCCAGACUCCAUCGAGCCCAGCCCAACAAAGGAAUCCCCCUGUUGUGACUCCUUAGAAAGCAGCCCUAUAGAGCAGAAAACAUUCCCUCCCAUUCUAGAUCAACCCAGUGGGUCCUCUAGUCACCCAGAACCCUCCAAAGCCUCAGACUUCCCCCCAGAUGCGUUGCGUAGUAGGCUACUCAGGGACCAGGAGGCUAGUGCCAACGAUGAUGACAGUAUCGAGCAGACUUCGUCCCAGAUGGAAAGUUCUGGUAAGAGUCCCCUCUCCCCCGACACCCCUAGUUCUGAAGAGGUAAGUUAUGAGGUAAACCCCAAAACCCCCGACCACAUGUACCUAUCAGUGGUGUCCAUACCAGCUUUCAUCCCCGAAUACUCAGAGGAAGAGGAUGAUGAGGCAGAAGCACAGAGGAAAUUCAUCCCAGAGGAUGAGAUGUUUAAAAUGUCAGUCAAAAAAAAAACAUUUGAGGAAGUGGACCAGGACACCAGAGCCAAAAAGAACUCUAGAAAAUAUAUCAUUGCCUUAGCGGGUGACGAAGCAGGGGAUGAUAGCUUCAAAACAGUUGAACUAGAGUCCGCAAAUGAGAGUGGGCUCAAUAGGGCCAAGGAGACCUCAGAGUUAGCUCUUUCUGUUGAAUCCCUUAUUAAAGUACAACCUCCCUCUCCUUUUCCAGCAGGUGUGCAUGAAGGAAUCCACCACACAGAAGCCAAGAGCACAGCUACAAUGGUAGCAGUGGAGGGACCUCAAUCUGUCUCAGAGCAGCAUGUCCCACAAUCAGUUCAGUCACGCAAAGACAUGGAUGACACGGAAGACAGUUUAGCUAAAACGGUUACCGUGUCUUCCAGCUCUGAGGGGGCUGCAAACAUAACCGAUGAGCAGAAGGAGGAAAGCUUGAGGAAAUCAAGGGAAAGCCAGGAGGAUGAUGGGGGAGGGAAAGAAUCAGAUGCAGGCAGUCUGCAGACAGCUGCUGUAAAAGCUCCCUGUCAAAUAGAGAGUAAUAUAACUGACGAAGUGAAAGGAGAUCACAGGAGACACUCAGGAGCCCCUGAGGUAGAAACGUCCUCCACUGCUGUCAUUGGACAAGUGAGGGAAACAUUCAAACCUGAGAUCUGUAUCUACGAUGACACAGAGGAAGAUGAUGAGGAAGAGGAACCUCCCAGAACCGAGUCAAAGGGUGUAACCGCCAGAGCGGAGGCAGACCCUUGGAGUGCCAUGCGCGAAGACGAUGAUGCUUUUGCGGCCCGCGUCAAAGAGGAAGAGCAGAAGAUCUUGGGUCUGAUUGUAGAUCGGCAGUCCCAGGGGGCAACCCCGGACACCACCCCAGGAAGGAGCCCCACGGAGGAAAGCACGCCAACCAGCGAGCCCAAUCCAUUCCUCUUCCAAGAGGGGAAGCUCUUUGAGAUGACUCGGAGCGGAGCUAUUGACAUGACCAAACGGAGCUAUGAGGACGAGGGCUUUGCCUUCUUCCAGAUAGGCGAGCAGCCCCUAGAGGAGGCGCUAGCUGAACAGGUCAGAGAUGAGCCAGGAGUUGGAGGAGUCCAAACAGAAAGUGAAGUCGGACUCAACCUGACCCUGCAAAUAAAAGUGGAGGAAGACGAGGAACAGGCGAAAGAUGCUUCAGAUUCCACACACCGUGCCUCGACAGAGGACGAUCAGAAAGGUAGUGAAGCUGCAGCAGCCCCCCCCUCAAAAUCAGAUGCUUCUAAGUCUAGAAUCCCUAAAAUGGGUCUUUCUGCCUCAGCUAAGACCACUAAGAAGGACAAAGACCCAGUAUCACCAGUGUCUCCUGAAACUUUAGAGGUAAAACCAGACAUAAUUGUAGAGGAGACCCCCCUAGAGGUAGAAACUAGUUCCCUCAAUCCAAUGAUAACAGAUGUUGAGACAGCAGUAACCACUGUCACUCGAUCAGUGUACCCAGAACAGGACCAAGAGUCCUCUGACUCCUCUCCAGAGGAGCAGCAUUCGGUCAUAGAACUCCCCCAAACCACAGAAAAGACCAAAACCCCAACUUCUACUGAAAACGUUCCAAAGAUCCCAACUAAAACCCCAGCCAAGGCUGGCCCCCAAAGUCAGGUUAAAACUGCUUCCUCCUUUACAUCCCCUGCAUCCCCCUCUUCAGCUAGUCCUAAAAAAGAGUCUCCCGCUUUAGAGUCCAAAUCGAGAAUACCUGUCAAGGGCAAGGCUAGCCCUGUCAAGCCUGAGCCAUCAGUUAAACGUACUGAGUCAUCCCAGGACACAAAGCUCAAGGUCCCAGUAAAAAAGGACUUGAGGAGAAAGUCUGAGACAGAUACAGGUCCCUCUGCUGUACCCAAAACCAAGACGCCGUCUUCCAAAGCCAAGAGCUUCUGUGAGGCAGACAAGUCAUCACCUAAAAAGGACCUGGGUCGUCCCAUGAGCGAAGACUACUCCAUCAAGCCAAAGUCAGGCUUUGGUUUCCAAUCUAGGCUGCCAGUUAGAGGCAAGCUUGGUCAGACAUCUCACACUUCCACCCCCGCCAAAGACAAAAGCGAGUUGCGCAAGAAGUCUAUAGAGUUUGUUGAUAAGAUUAGCGACGAAGUUGCUAAGCUAGUUGAGAGAAUUCCUCAGGACGAGAAAAACAAAGAGCAGAAGGCUGCUGUCUCGGAUGACGAGAGCAGCGGCAUAGACCCCUCUGUCAUAGAGAGGGAGACUUUUCCCGAAAUACCGUUCCCUGCUUCUGGAGAUGUCUAUCCCAUUAGACCCCUGUGGGAUGACCCUGUUGACACGCAGAUGCAACGAAUUCCCGACGAGACAGUCAGAAGUCAAGUAGAUUCCCAGGAUGAAGCCGAGAGGAAAGAGGAACGGUUGGAAAUAACAGCAGACCACCUGGGCUUCAGUUGGACGGAGCUGGCUCGAGAACUGGAGUUCAGUGAGGAGAAGGUCAAUCUAAUAAGGCUUGAGAACCCCAAUUCACUACAGGACCAAAGCCACGCCCUGCUGAAGCUCUGGACUGACAGGGAGGGUAAAAAUGUCACAGAAACAUCACUGAUCAAAAGACUAACCAAAAUCAACAGAAUGGACAUUGUCCACCUCAUCGAAACCAAGAUGGUCAAGUCCACCCAGGACACAUCACACACCUAUGCAGAGAUUGAGAGGACCAUUGCAUUGGAUCACAGUGAAGGUUUCUCUGCCCUCCAUGAGGACGUAGACAGUCCCCGGCCAGGCAGGCGUACAGACAGCACCCCCAGUGGGCCAGGGUCCAGGCAGGGGCCCCUCGUGGUGUCAGAGGAGGACCUCUCCUCCAGCAUGUCGUCACAUCACGAGACUUCAGGGCGGGUGGAGACAGACGAAUCAGUAACAGGCCUCCUGAGACACGUCCAGAAGGAGAAGCUGCAGAAAGAGAUGGAUUCGACACAUUCUGUGGGCGGUACAUCAGAUAUUGGACCGGAGAAGGCUGAGUCACUAUAUAUGGGCACUUUCAAACAAGCGGAUGACCUGCCGGACAUCCCUCCCCAGACAGUCACAGAAGAACAGUACAUGGAUGAGCAAGGAAACAUGGUAGUCAAGAAGAUCACACGGAAGGUGAUCCGUAAGUACUUCUCUCCAGACGGCGUGGAGAGAGAGGAGGUGACAGUGCAGGGAUCUCAGCAGGAGAAGGUCAGCGUGGAGGAGGGAGAUGCCUUCUCCAAGGUGGUGAAGAGGACAGUGGUCCGGAGUGAGGGAGAUCAGACUGAGUUGACCUUCUCGGAGCCCCUUGCCCUGGGGGCCACCACGGCCUCGGAGAUCGAGUCAAAGCAGGCGCAGGGUCGAAAGGUCAGCAAGGUGGUCAAGACGACGGUGGUGAGGGGCGAGAGGAUGGAGAAGCAGACGGGUGACCCCUCGCUGGCCGCAGACCUCCCCUCGGCCAAAGAGGACUUUGAGAAGGCAUUGAGUUAUGCUGGAGGCUUUGGGAAAAUUCAUCUUCCCCAUUUAGUAGAGAAAGAGGUUGUGAAGGAGGACGGUUCUGUUGUCAAAAGAACGCAGAUGCGUAAGUCUCGUACCCAGAAGAAGACUGUGGCGAUGGAUGCCCAGGGUAAGCAUGUGCACCUGGAGCGGCUGGACGACACCCCAGAGACCCUGCAACCCGAUGCCCUUCAGCGACACCUGCACCUGCUGCUCCAACGCUAUUGCGCCAAGGAGGAGGAGGGAGGAGAGAAGGAGGAAGAGGAGGAGAGGAGAAAGAAGAAGUGAUGGGCUUUUUUGAUUUGCUGGCUGAGUUUUGUGUCUUCCCUUUUGGCCUUGCCCCCAAUGCUACAUAAGCCUCCUAUCCACAAAAAACCUAUGAAGUCUUGUAAGCUAAUCUCUGACCCCUCGAUGACCCCUAACGACACUUAACCUUUACCGCCCAGCCAGACUUCCCCUGCUAAAGACACUGGAUUGCGUUUUUCCCUUUUGUAGCAAAUAAUGAAACAAUUAUUAUUUAAUUUUUUUGUUUUUGACUUGUUUCCAUAAUUUUUUUUGCUCAUUUUGUGACCAAAGAUGGCACCCCCUUUCUCGUCGGGUGACUUAGAAUAUUUUUUUUGUCGUUAUCCUUUUGUUUGGUUCUUAAAGUUUUUGGCUGCUGUGGUACAAUAAAAAAAACAACACAAAACAAAUGGUAGGAAUGAAAACAGGAAACGUAUGAAGAGGGUGCACCUCGCACGUUAGCCUCAUGGAGAGGCCUCUUUCUGAAGGAACGAUUGUAAACAUUUGUAAAUAGAGAAGACUGGUAGAAAACAAAACAAAACAGCAAUUCAAAAGCAUUUGUUAUAUUUGUCCCACGGUACCUGCUGUACACGUACGUGUACCAAUCUGUUAUGAGGUCAAGGGUGGCGGGUCUUAACACAUUUGACCCUUUUCAUCCGACUAUCAAGAGAUUGUUACAUAGGAGUCAGUUGUCAUAAACAGUUUUGGAGAGAUACUGUUUUAAAGGAGUGAAUGCCAUAGUCUUUCAUCAAGGACUUUUGAAUCAGAUGAGUGCAAAUACGCUGUGAUCUGAACCCCCAUUUUACUGAAGCAAAUCAUCCCCAUAUAACCCUCCACUACUGUUCAGUUUACAAAGUUGGCUCAAGGUGGUUACGUGUGUAAUGAUGUGGUGUUGUUUUUUUUUACGUGAGCUUUGUGAACACACGUUCAGCCCCAGCCCCAGGUACUGUCCCCAUCUCCCUGUUUUUCUCUGUCUGUUUCUGUAGUAUGGGUGUUGUGUAGUCAAACUUCCUUCUGAGCAGUACAUCAGACUGCUGCCACCUAUGUGUGUGCGCGCACGUAUGUAUGUGAGUGUGUUUGUGUGUUAGUUCAUAGUAUCCUCACCGACAUUGCGACCUGCCAUUUGCGAAAGAAAUGAUCCAGAAUGUUCUCUUUCCUUGUCCUUCAUGUACGCGCUUUUAUCUCCCAAUACUACACCUAUAGGUCAUAACACUAGGUACGUCACCUCUCCUUCCCUCCCAUUACUACACCUAUAGGUCAUAACACUAGGUACGUCACCCCUCCCUCCCAUUACUACACCUAUAGGUCAUAACACUAGGUACGUCACCCCUCCUUGCCUCCCAUUACUACACCUAUAGGUCAUAACACUAGGUACGUCACCUCUCCUUCCCUCCCAUUACUACACCUAUAGGUCAUAACACUAGGUACGUCACCCCUCCCUCCCAUUACUACACCUAUAGGUCAUAACACUAGGUACGUCACCCCUCCCUCCCAUUACUACACCUAUAGGUCAUAACACUAGGUACGUCGCCCCUCCCUCCCAUUACUACACCUAUAGGUCAUAACACUAGGUACGUCACCUCUCCUUCCCUCCCAUUACUACACCUAUAGGUCAUAACACUAGGUACGUCACCCCUCCCUCCCAUUACUACACCUAUAGGUCAUAACACUAGGUACGUCACCCCUCCCUCCCAUUACUACACCUAUAGGUCAUAACACUAGGUACGUCACCCCUCCUUCCCUCCCAUUACUACACCUAUAGGUCAUAACACUAGGUACGUCGCCCCUCCUUCCCUCCCAUUACUACACCUAUAGGUCAUAACACUAGGUACGUCACCCCUCCCUCCCAUUACUACACCUAUAGGUCAUAACACUAGGUACGUCGCCCCUCCUUCCCUCCCAUUACUACACCUAUAGGUCAUAACACUAGGUACGUCGCCCCUCCUUCCCUCCCUUUACUACACCUAUAGGUCAUAACACUAGGUACGUCGCCCCUCCUUCCCUCCCUUUACUACACCUAUAGGUCAUAACACUAGGUACGUCACCCCUCCUUCCCUCCCAUUACUACACCUAUAGGUCAUAACACUAGGUACGUCGCCCCUCCUUCCCUCCCUUUACUACACCUAUAGGUCAUAACACUAGGUACGUCGCCCCUCCUUCCCUCCCAUUACUACACCUAUAGGUCAUAACACUAGGUACGUCACCCCUCCCUCCCUCCCAUUACUACACCUAUAGGUCAUAACACUAGGUACGUCACCCCUCCCUCCCAUUACUACACCUAUAGGUCAUAACACUAGGUACGUCACCCCUCCCUCCCAUUACUACACCUAUAGGUCAUAACACUAGGUACGUCGCCCCUCCUUCCCUCCCAUUACUACACCUAUAGGUCAUAACACUAGGUACGUCACCCCUCCUUCCCUCCCAUUACUACACCUAUAGGUCAUAACACUAGGUACGUCACCCCUCCCUCCCAUUACUACACCUAUAGGUCAUAACACUAGGUACGUCGCCCCUCCUUCCCUCCCAUUACUACACCUAUAGGUCAUAACACUAGGUACGUCACCCCUCCCUCCCAUUACUACACCUAUAGGUCAUAACACUAGGUACGUCGCCCCUCCCUCCCUCCCAUUACUACACCUAUAGGUCAUAACACUAGGUACGUCACCCCUCCUUCCCUCCCAUUACUACACCUAUAGGUCAUAACACUAGGUACGUCGCCCCUCCCUCCCAUUACUACACCUAUAGGUCAUAACACUAGGUACGUCACCCCUCCUUCCCUCCCAUUACUACACCUAUAGGUCAUAACACUAGGUACGUCGCCCCUCCUUCCCUCCCUUUACUACACCUAUAGGUCAUAACACUAGGUACGUCACCCCUCCCUCCCUCCCAUUACUACACCUAUAGGUCAUAACACUAGGUACGUCGCCCCUCCUUCCCUCCCUUUACUACACCUAUAGGUCAUAACACUAGGUACGUCGCCCCUCCUUCCCUCCCAUUACUACACCUAUAGGUCAUAACACUAGGUACGUCGCCCCUCCUUCCCUCCCAUUACUACACCUAUAGGUCAUAACACUAGGUACGUCACCCCUCCUUCCCUCCCAUUACUACACCUAUAGGUCAUAACACUAGGUACGUCACCCCUCCCUCCCUCCCAUUACUACACCUAUAGGUCAUAACACUAGGUACGUCACCCCUCCCUCCCUCCCAUUACUACACCUAUAGGUCAUAACACUAGGUACGUCACCCCUCCCUCCCAUUACUACACCUAUAGGUCAUAACACUAGGUACGUCGCCCCUCCUUGCCUCCCAUUACUACACCUAUAGGUCAUAACACUAGGUACGUCGCCCCUCCCUCCCAUUACUACACCUAUAGGUCAUAACACUAGGUACGUCGCCCCUCCUUCCCUCCCAUUACUACACCUAUAGGUCAUAACACUAGGUACGUCACCCCUCCCUCCCAUUACUACACCUAUAGGUCAUAACACUAGGUACGUCACCCCUCCUUCCCUCCCAUUACUACACCUAUAGGUCAUAACACUAGGUACGUCACCUCUCCCUCCCAUUACUACACCUAUAGGUCAUAACACUAGGUACGUCGCCCCUCCUUGCCUCCCAUUACUACACCUAUAGGUCAUAACACUAGGUACGUCGCCCCUCCCUCCCAUUACUACACCUAUAGGUCAUAACACUAGGUACGUCGCCCCUCCUUCCCUCCCAUUACUACACCUAUAGGUCAUAACACUAGGUACGUCACCCCUCCCUCCCAUUACUACACCUAUAGGUCAUAACACUAGGUACGUCGCCCCUCCUUCCCUCCCUUUACUACACCUAUAGGUCAUAACACUAGGUACGUCGCCCCUCCUUCCCUCCCAUUACUACACCUAUAGGUCAUAACACUAGGUACGUCGCCUCUCCUUCCCUCCCAUUACUACACCUAUAGGUCAUAACACUAGGUACGUCGCCCCUCCUUCCCUCCCAUUACUACACCUAUAGGUCAUAACACUAGGUACGUCACCCCUCCCUCCCAUUACUACACCUAUAGGUCAUAACACUAGGUACGUCACCCCUCCCUCCCUCCCAUUACUACACCUAUAGGUCAUAACACUAGGUACGUCACCCCUCCCUCCCUCCCAUUACUACACCUAUAGGUCAUAACACUAGGUACGUCACCCCUCCCUCCCUCCCAUUACUACACCUAUAGGUCAUAACACUAGGUACGUCACCCCUCCCUCCCUCCCAUUACUACACCUAUAGGUCAUAACACUAGGUACGUCACCCCUCCCUCCCUCCCAUUACUACACCUAUAGGUCAUAACACUAGGUACGUCGCCCCUCCUUCCCUCCCAUUACUACACCUAUAGGUCAUAACACUAGGUACGUCACCUCUCCUUCCCUCCCUUUACUACACCUAUAGGUCAUAACACUAGGUACGUCGCCCCUCCUUCCCUCCCAUUACUACACCUAUAGGUCAUAACACUAGGUACGUCGCCCCUCCUUCCCUCCCAUGAGUCACUUGUGCGUGCCAUCUCACCCCUGUUAAUUUCCCCCUAUAAAUAACUUUGAUUAAAGGUAUACUCAGCGAUAUGACGUAGAUGCAUAAAGUCAACAUAGUGGGUCAAUAUCCACAACAACUAAGAGCGUUGAAGCGUGAGGCUCAACUUCUCUGCUGUUUUGGUCCUGUGGCUACCACUCUGUGAACAGCGUGAAGCGAACCCGUGCCCAUGCGCAGAUACUGUGUGUGACUGUGUGAGAGUGAAGUCUUGCAUCUCGCUCAUCCCAAUAUCUGCGGUGCUGCUCGUGGCAACAUCAUUUCAUUGAGUUUAAGCCUGUUAAGAUCGUAUAAGCAAGUACGGGACAGAGAGAGACCAGUGUUCUGUUUUAUUUGCUGUUGUUGAAUAGAUUUGUUUUCUGUUGUUGGUUUUAUGGUAUCCAAUAAAUGGCGAUAAGAUCAAAAGAUUGGCACAUCAUCUUGAGUUUCUGACAGAUUAUUUUUUGGUCUGACCUGCUUCGUGUUUGUAGCGUGGAGAUAGAAGAUCAUUUAUCAUUGGCCCUUUUACAUGCAUUAUUUCUUGCUCAAUGGUAUGUUUCCACAAUCUUGUUCUGAGGGCAGAUUGGUUGGAUGGCCAAGGGACGGAGCUUGAGCUAUAUGAUUGGUUGGAUGGGGCCAGGGGGUGGAGCUUGUGACAGGUGAAAGUCAAAUGAGAAAAGCAAAGCUAGUGGUAGGUUGGUGGAUGGAUGAACGAAUGGUGUUAAACGUGGUUUGUGACAUUAAGGUCCCUGGUUCAACUCCCCAUGCGUCGCUUCUUGUUUCCUAAACUAACUUCAUCUUAUUUUCAAAUGUUUUAUUUUACCCCUUUUUCUCAGUAUCCAAUUGGUAGUUACAGUGUUGUCUCAUCACUGCAACUCCCGUACGGACUCGGGAGAGGCAAAAGUCAAGAGCCAUGCAUCCUCUGAAACAUAACUCAACCAAGCCACACUGCCCACUUAACCCAGAAGCACCAAUGUGUCAGAGGAAACACUGUACACCUGGUGACUAUGUCAGCAUGCACUGCAUCUGGCCCAUCACAGGAGUCACUAGUGCACAAAGACAAUAGUCAAACCCGCCUCCAUUGUGUGCCACCCCAUGGGUCUUCCAGCUGUGACAGAGCCUGGACUCAAACCCAGAAUCUCUAGUAGCACAGCUAGCUCUGCCUGCACCACUCGGGAGUCCAGCUAGCUCUGCUAGCUCUAGGCACAGCUAGCUCUGCCUAGACCACUGCACCACUCGGGAGUCCACAUCACUUUAAAAAGUAAACUGUGCAUCAUUUCUUUUGACUGGUUAGAUUCAAAAGACCCAAACUUCCAGCUGAAGGUGUGUGCCUGAGUGGCAGAGGGUAUAAGACAUAGGUUGUCAUACAGAAGGUGCCUAGUUCAAAUCCUGGUGUAUCUUUUGUUUCCUUCACAUUUCUUGCCUAAACGUUCUGCCAUCAGAACAAGCUCCACUGUUAAAUACCAUCCAAGCAAUAUCAUUGUGAUUUUGGCUCCCACAGACUUGCAAGGCCUAUUCAUUUCAACUGGUAUACAUGGGGGUGGAGUAAACACGGAGCAGUCUUUGCCAAGUUUCAUUUUGUUUCUCCGUAUUUAUUAUGUCCAGCCAUGCUCCUCCUCUCCUCCUCCAGUGUGCGGAGACAUGAGUGUGUUUUAUGUGUGUGUAAGUUGAAGAUGGGAAAGGGAAUUUCAAUUAAAACUCUUCGACCGAUAAGUUGCCAUUGUACGCAAGGCUUCACAUGAAUUCUGAAACGCUCUAGAAACAAUGACUGAAACAAAUGCAGAAACCAAAACCAGAACUGACAUGGAUGUGCUGUAAUCUUGGGCUGGCUGGCUGAAAGCAUCGUUGGUGUUAUCUGUGGUACAGACUUUAUCUAUGUAAUCUAUCUAAUAUUACGGUUCAUCACUUUGCCAAUUAACUUUGUGUGAUCAAAAUAAAAGAAACAAAAAAGAAAUGUCAAAAACGCGCAUUUGAUUUGAUGAAUCGGCAUCGUGUUUCCAUGGUGAUAACAAUAUUACACAUAUAUAAAUAUCUAUGAGGGCAUGUAUUAGUUCUGAAGUUAAUAAAGGAGGGAAAAGUCUGAAUGGCUAACAUGGCAUAGCAGCUACAGUGUACGUGGCAGAAUAUUAAAUUGUACAUGUGUCAAAUGUG